GUACGUAAAACCCCUUAAGCCCUCAUCUUCCAUCUCCAAAAAUCUAACCUUUUUCAAUAAAAAACCAAACUUUUGUAUCAUGAAAUCACGUUAGAUCCAUAUGACGACGACCACCACCAUUGUUAAAUCCAUAACCAAGCUUCGACGGAGUCAUUGGGAAGUCUUUUACAGCUCUUCACCUGCAAUUUCCUCCACAGUUCAAUCUCAAUCUCAAUCUCAGUUGACAUCUUCUCUUCACUCUUCUGAGCAAGAAAAUCGAAAGAGAUGGUCAAAAUGGUUGCUUUUUCUUCCUGGAGCUAUUACUUUUGGUCUUGGUACUUGGCAAAUAUUCAGAAGACAAGAUAAGAUAAAGAUGUUGGAAUAUAGACAGAAGAGAUUGGAAUUGGAACCAUUGAAAUGGAACAGUGUGUUUCAACCAAAUGAAGGAUUAGACUCGUUGGAGUUUAGAAAGGUCGUAUGCAAAGGACAUUUCGACGAAGAAAAAUCAAUCUAUAUCGGUCCUCGUUCAAGAAGUAUUUCUGGAGUAACAGAAAAUGGUUACUAUGUCAUUACACCCCUUCUGCCAAUACCCAACUGCCCUGACAGCGUCCCAUCACCGAUUCUAGUUAAUAGAGGAUGGGUUCCCCGAAGUUGGAAAGAAAAGUUCUUAGAAGUCUCACAUGGUGAUCAACAAUCGAAACAAGAAACUCACGACGUUCAAGAGGGUGAAAGAAGCUCAUGGUGGAGGCUAUGGAAAACAAAGCCUACAAAAGUUCAGGAUCAUGCUCCUGCCGUUCCUUCUGUUGAAGUUGUUGGUAUAGUUCGUGAGAGUGAAAAGCCAAGCAUAUUCGUUCCAGCAAAUGAACCAAACUCGAAUCAGUGGUUCUAUGUCGAUGUUCCUGCAAUUGCUCGCACAUGUGGACUUGCUGAGAAUACUGUUUACAUUGAAGAUAUCAAUGAAAACGUUAAUCCAAGUAAUCCUUACCCUUUACCGAAGGAUGUGAAUACUGUGAUUCGAAGUUCAGUUAUGCCUCAGGAUCAUUUAAACUAUACAUUUACAUGGUAUUCCUUAUCGGCUGCAGUUACAUUUAUGGCUUUCAAGAGAGUAAGACCGAAAAAGAGCAGAAGAUAGCAAAUUAUUCAUAUGCAAUUUUCGAUGCAGAAAGAUUUAUAGCGAAAGACGAGAAAGGUUAAAGAGAAAGGUGUACUUACUACUUACAUUGUAUUUGAACUUUCAUGUCGUUUUUUUGAAGGUUUGCGGAUAAGAAAAGAGCUCCAAAUAAAUAAGAUUUUGAGUACAAUAUAUAUGAACACACUUAUACCACUUUCCAUGAAAUUUGUGGAAAAUGGCCAAUUUCUUGACAAGGUGAUGAUGAUGAGGCUUAUUGUUAUUGCCCCUACUCCCAUUUAUUCUCUUUUUUCUUAGCAAAGAUAUAGAAAGGCAUUACAUUUUUAAUACUAAUUAAUUAAUAAUAAUGGCUACAUAUUUUGUCUUCUUUUGGUUUUGCUAUGUAGGAAGCUUGGUUUGAUGUACUUAAAUUAAUAUUUAAUGUACUUUACACUUAAAUUAGUUUCUAUGUACUUAAGUUGUCAUUGAUUAAUAA